AGUGUGUGUUUCUUCUCCUCCUCUUUACCUCCGUUCAUCAUCUCUCUCAGAUGACAGCCUGUGACUGCUCACUCACUGGAACAGCAAGAUGAGUGUGUACCUGUGUGUGUGUAGCAUACUCUAUCAGCGCUAAAGGAGAGUCUCAUUCAACAUGCUGUAACAUCAGGCAAACUGAUUCCACAAAAAAGAAAGACACACAGAAAGAGAGCUUGCAGAACAAAUAUUAUGAGCACCUGGCAGUAAGCAAUGAGUGUGUGUUGACUGAAAAAGGCUCCAAAUCUUUCUCCUCCCACUGAGACUUCAUGAGGAAUGAGAGAUGACCAUGCACGGCCACUGGUCCUUCAACACCCUGGCUGUCAUCUUAAUCCUGCUAUCUACUGCAGCUAUCUCUGCACACUUCAGAGUGUGUGAGCCUUACACCGAUCACAAGGGGCGCUAUCACUUUGGUUUCCACUGUCCUCGACUCUCAGACAACAAGACCUACAUAUUUUGCUGUUACCAUAACAAUACAGCCUUCAAAUACUGUUGCAACGAAACAGAGUUUCAGAGUGUGAUGCAGCUCAACCUCACAACUAAUUCAAACGGCUUUGCCCACAAUAACUACACUGCCCUCAUUGGUGUGUGGAUUUAUGGCUUUUUUGUCAUGGUCCUUCUUGCUUUGGACUUCCUGUACUACUCAGCCAUGAACUACGAGCUGUGUCGGGUGUAUCUUGAGAAAUGGGGGCUGGGUGGACGAUGGCUCAAACAGGCCAGGAGUCAAUGGCACAGUGCAGCUCAGGAGGGUGAACAGAACAUGGGAUCAGGCCUGAGUCAGCACCACCAUCCAAGGCACAGCUUGAGAGGGGAGGCACAGAGCCCAACGCUCCUGACCUUCCAGACCUCUACAGCCUGAUAUUCAGCUUUGAUCACAUGGAUAUUCUUAGUAUGACAGAGAAAGCUGGGGAGAAACAACCAGAGAAAAUGGAGGUUUAGUUUGGAGACUCUUUCCUGGCCCCAUCUGCAUUUGUGUCACAAACUGUGGCCGCUAACUUCUGCAGCUAUGCUGGAUGGCAUUCUGUCCACAUGCUGAUGCUGAGACUGAGCAUCCACCAUUGACAGCUGGAAACAUGCUUCUCUCACCAAUCAGAGGCGGCAUAUUCUACUAGCUGAAUUUCUCUCCAGCAACUGUCAAAGGACUUUUAAUUAGACUGUUGUCUAUUACACCCACUACCUUGCCUUGUCAUUUUGGGAAUUAGGAUUUAGAUGCAGGGAAUAUGACUUUACCAAAAGAGAGAGAAGAGACUCUCAUCACCAUAUAUCUCUCUAGAACAUGUGUCUUGUUUGCACUGCUGUGAAGCCAUUGGUUGGUUUUUCUUGAAGUAGCGGAAAGGAUUAUUUAUUGUUGUCACCACGGUUGCACAAUUUUGAUCACAUUACGUGGGAGAGCUCAUCAAAGAAAAAGGAAAAUUACUAGUCUGAUAUAAGUGAAAGUUAACCCAACGGGAUUACAUAAAUCCUUUUUAAAUAGCAAUAGAGCGAAACAAUGCCCGCCUACUUAUUCAGCCAUCUGGGUUCUGGAAGUAUUUUUCCCAUUAAUGUUUCCCAUAGACUUUUCAUAAAAUCCUUAAUUAAUGAGUUGUAAGCCAUGAACUAAACCAACCAGCUCCGAGGUAAAUCACAACUUUAUUUUAAAGCAAAAAAGUAGGCUAUUUGAAAAUUGUACAAAAAGACAAAGAUACAAGACUGUGUACUUACCGUCUUUCAUGAGGGCACGAACUACAAUCCCAUGAAUCACUGCGCAUGAUUGUCAUUUAAAAUGAUGGGAAUAUACACUGCCUGGCCAAAAAAAAAAGUUGCCACUUGGAUAUAAAUUAGCAGAUACUUUUGAGCCUAUGAUUGGAUCAUUAUUGCAGUGAUUAAUAUGUUUCAGCUGGCAACAAUUCUUUUAACCCUAACUGAUGCAGUGUGUAGCUUCUCAUUUCUUAAACAACCAUGUCGGAAGACAUAUCCCGUGGUCAUGGAAAAGAUGUUUCUGUGUUUCAGAAGGGGCAAGUUAUUGGCCUGCAUCAACCAAAGAAAACAACCAAGGAUAUUGCUGAAAUCACUGGAAUUAGGUUAAGUACUGUCCAACGCAUUAAUAAAACCUGGAAGGUUAGUGGUGAACCGUCAGCUUCGUGGAAGAAAUGUGGUCAGAAAAAAAUCUUGAAUGAUCAUGAUCGGAGAUCACUAAAACUCUUGAAGUCACAUUGUAAAAAUCAACAGUAGAACUCAUGGCUGUGUUUAAUAGUGAAAGUAAGAGCAUUUACACAUGCACAAUGCGACGAGCACUUACAGGAUUGGAACUUAACAUCUAUGUAGCCACAAGAAAGCCACUUGUUAGUGAGGCUAAUCGAAAAAAAAAAACUACAAUUUGCUAGGGUGCAUAAAGACUGGACUAUGGAGCAAUGGAAAAGAUCACGUGGUCCGAUGAGUCUAGAUUUACGCUAUUCCAAAGCGAUGGGCGCAUCAGGGUAAGAAGAGAAGUGUAUGAAGUGAUGCAUAGUGCCCACUGUACAAGCCUCUGGAGGCAGUGUUAUGAUUUGGGGUUGCUUCAGUUGGUCAGGUCUAGGCACUGCAACAUUAUGCAGCAAUAAAAUGAAGUCAGGUGACGUCCUGAAUGUACUGAAUGACCAGGUUAUCACAUCAAUGGAUUUUUCUUCCCUGAUGGCACGGGCAUAUUCCAGAAUGAUAAUGCCAAGAUUCGUCGGGCUCAAAUUGUGAAAGUGGUUCCGGGAGCAUAAGGAAUAAUUUUCACACAUGAGUUGGCCACCAGAGUCCUGACCCUAACCCCAUUGAAAGUCUUUUGGAUGUGCUGGAGAAGACUCUACGGAGUGGUUUGACUCUCCCGUCAUCAAUACAAGAUCUCGGCCCAAAAAUUAAUGCAACACUGGAUGGAAAUAAAUGUUGUGAUGUUGCAUAAGGUUGUCGAAACAAUGCCACAACGAAUGUGCGCCGUAAUCAAAGCUAAUUUAAAUGAAUUAUUUGGGCCAGGCAGUGUAUAAAACUAUUGAUUUUAGGUUGUUGAUUAUAAGUAUAGAAACAAUAUAUUUUACGUUUAUUGCAAAAUAUUACAAUAUGUACAAAUAGAUACACUACCGGUCAAAAGUUUUGAAACACUUACUCGUUCUUUAUUAUAAUUUUUUUUCACAUUUUAGAAUAAUAGUAAAGUCAUCAAAACUAUGGAAUAACAUAAAUGGAACUAUGGGAAUUAUGUUGUGACUAAACAAAAUCCAAAAUAAAUCAAAACUGUGUUAUAUUUUAGCAUCUUCAAAGAAGUCACCCUUUGCCUUGAAUUUUCAGAAACGUACUCUUGACAUUUUCUCAACCAACUUCUUGAGGUAUCACCCUGGGAUGCUUUUUAAACAGUAUUGAAGGAGUUCCCAUCUAUGUUGGGCACUUAUUGGCUCCAUUUCUUUAUUAUUUGGUCCAAGUCAUCAAUUUCUAAAACUUUUUUUUUUUUAUUACAUUUGAGAUUUAUAAUGAAAUAAAUUAAUAUGGUGGCACAAUUAUAUUUUUGUCUACAAAACUAAUUUAAAACAUUUAAGCAUACGCCUUCAGAUCAAAAUAUUUUUAAGAGCAUGGGAAACAUUUCGGUUAAGUGUUUCAAAACUUUUGACCGGUAGUGUACAUUAAGUAGUUUAAGGAUGAUUCACUGUGCGUCACGGGAGUGGAUGGUUGCUCGAGGCAUGUUUAGCAGGUUUCGUUGGCCACAGUUCUCUGAUUGGUCAAUCUUUCUCUGCUGUACUAUGGGUAAUGUACUGUAGUUGUUUACCAUGAAUAUUGCCAUUAAACAUGAUUGUGAUGAAGUUGAAAUAACACAGCCAGAAGGCUUCAACGGAAGCAUAUACCAUCGAAAAACAACCUUGAAGCUCAAGGUAGGGCUGUUAUUAAAGAUUUAUGAGUUAUUGUUGAAAAUCAAUUAGUCUAUGGAAAAAAUGUAUGGGACUUUUACUUCCAGAACCAGACUGUUGUGCUCUAUUCAUUUAAAUCAUAUAAGAUGAUGAAAAGUUGCUUUGGAUUAAACAUGAUUUGGAAUUUGCUCAUGCAGUUUCCAGGAAAUUGCAUUAUUUUACGAUGAAUUACUUCAUUCAUACUUCAACGUUGAAACACUUGAAAUUACUGAAAUUUGGGUGGGCGAAAAUUAUUUCUGCAUAAAGCAAUAGAUAAUAAAGGAGAAGUAUUAAGAUAAAUUUGGUCAGUAUAUGUAAGGUGUCCCACUUUGUGCCUGACAAACUGAUCAGCCUUACAGACUCAAAAAGGGUAGGGGUAGGGGUUGAUAUAAGGCCUUUUUUAGCCUACUUGUCACAAAACAAGGCACCUUCCACAAAUGGAUAUACAGUAAAUGUGUCAUGGCCUUACGAAAGAAAAAACUUGACAAGUGGUAUCUCUUUAUGAAGUGUAGAUCUUUAGACACAUGCCUCACUUCAUUGUAGAAAUACAGCAACAUCAUUUUUAUGCCUAUUGAACUUGUGCACUGAGUUGAAAUUGACUAGUCAUAGGUAACAGUAGCCACUGUUAGACUGUGAGUAUUCUCCUACAAUAACAAGCAGCAUUGUGCUGAAGUGUGUCGUGUAUAGAGGAGAAAAUGUUGUGAUCAUGUUUAAUUAUUUAAGAUGAAUCUAAUAGUUAUCCCCUCGUGAAGGGAAGAGAGACACAUUAUGUUUUGGAGUUAUAAGUUAUACUGGUAUAAAUUGCCUUAAAGUUAAUCUGUAGUACAUGCCUAGCACCUUGUUCUGUGAUAGUGGUUGGUACUUCAGUUAAAGUGUAAUUUGGCCAUCCACCUGUUAAACUUCUCUCUGUUUUUAUUAUGGGUUUAAAACAAUUGCACUUGUUAACUUUUUACUGUUACAAUCUGGGAGAAAUAAAGAUUUAUCUUUUACAGUGUUUUUAGAUG